UCAGUCAGAGCCGCUAUCAUGAAGCGCUCGAGGACAGAAAUAGAGCUCAGUGGCUCCUGUGCGCUCGUGUCGAGUGAACAACCUUACAGUCGCUCUGUCAGAACUUCAGCAUGGUUAUUAAAGUGUUUCUGGCUUCUUCCUCAGGAUCCACAGCGAUCAAAAAGAAGCAGCAGGAUGUGCUUGGGUUUCUGGAAGCUCUAAAAAUUGACUAUGCACAGCUUGACAUCGCCUCAAAUGAAGAAAACCGCAUGUGGAUGAGGGAGAACGUACCUGGAGAAAAGAAACCGUCUAAUGGAAUCCCACUUCCUCCUCAGAUCUUCAACGAGGACAACUAUUGUGGGGACUAUGAAACGUUCUUUGAUGCCAAAGAGGACAACUCAGUUUAUGAAUUCCUGGGUUUGUCGCCUCCACCUGGCUUCAAGAAAGAUGUGAAUGCAGAAGAAGAGAACAAAACUACACCUGUGGAGACUUUGGCAGGGGAGGAGGGAGGAGAGGAGGUAAAGGAGGAGGCUGUAGAAGGUUUGGCACAGGACGAGCCUACAGAAGAGUCUAAAGAGGAAGAAGAAGAAGACACAAGAGAAGGAGAAGAAGAUAAAAUGCCGCAUUCAGAGGAGGAAGAUCAGGAAGGUGAAGUAGAAGAAGAAGAAGAAGAAGAAUAUGAACAGGGAGAAGAGGACUUGAUGUCUGAGGAGGAGGAAGAACUGCGGCAGCUUGAGGAUGAAGAAGAGGCAGAAGCAUCGGAGGUAUUAAAGGCUCACUGCACUGCAUGUGUCGUAGCUUUAGAGGACCGAGAUCUUAACAGGAGGGAGAAGUGGCUGAGGACUGAACAUGGGACACUGAGCAUUAGGACGAUUAAGAUUUUAGUUUAAUAUUGACUGGUACUCACCGUGACACCGAGCCUCUGUUUGAAGACCAUGAAGAUGUUUAGUGCAGGACAUUUUCUACACCACGGUCCUGGAGUGUGUGUUGCCAUGGACACUUUCUGGAACAUGAACAUCAGCACCAUUAGUGUUGAACAGAUGUUUUCCUUCCUAUUUAGCUUCCUUUAGUCUUUUUUUUUAAAAUUCUGAUCAAUUUGAAGGAAAUGUUGUAAUAUCUAAAGGUGUAAUGGUUUAACACGUGAUGUGGCGUCACUUUUCUCAGCAUGUUUUAUGUUACUACUGUUUUAGAAGAUAGAACUGAACAUAUUGGAGUCUGUUGUAGUUCUAGGAACAUAAAUGUCCAUAAUAACCAGUAGUGUGUGACUGACAGGGUGGAGGCUGGAAGUAAACUGAAAAAAAAGGAAA